GCCAUUGUAACUUUAAUGUGAAACCGCGUCGUGAGUGAGUGGUAUAUUUGAGUGCAAAAAAAAGUGUCUGAUUAACGAAAUUGUUACUUUUCUGUUUAUAUAUUUGUUGGAAUAUAUAAUAAACCAUUAUUAAUCAUGAGUGACAGGCCAAGUAAUGGCGACUACAAAUAUCAAAGGGAUGAAAAUUCAGAUAAGGGAAAAACAUUAUCCGAAAAAGAUCGUGAAGAAAAAGAGCAUCAACUUGAUAAAGCCGGGGAGUAUGUCCGUGAACUAUUACAAGUCAAAGUUGAAUUGGAUUCUCAGAAAUGGCCUAAUGCAGCUAGUUUAAUCGAUCAAGAAAUUCAAAAAACUCAGGCUAUGGGAAAACCAAUAAGGGAUCCAAAAUAUGUGGAUAUUUAUCGUGAAAAACCAACUCGUGUUUCAGUUAAAGUGUUGGUACCUGUGAGAGAACAUCCUAAGUUUAAUUUUGUUGGAAAAUUAUUGGGUCCAAAAGGUAAUUCUAUGAAACGUUUGCAAGAAGAAACUAUGUGCAAGAUGGCAGUGUUGGGAAGAGGAUCGAUGAAAGAUCGUCAAAAGGAAGCAGAAUGCCGUAUGUCUCUGGAUCCAAAGUAUGCACACCUUUCGGACGAUCUACACGUUGAAAUAACAGCUCUUGCGCCGCCAGCAGAGGCGUAUGCUCGUAUUGCGUUCGCGUUAGCUGAAGUCCGAAAGUAUCUGAUCCCUGACAAUAACGACAAUAUACGUCAAGAGCAAAUGCGAGAAAUGGAAAUGAGUAUGGUAGACGAUCCGGUGAACACCGACGACAGAAGACCCUCUGUAAGAGGUGUUCCUGCUGGUGGUGGAAUAUUAAGGCCAACCGCCAGGCCCACGCUACCACGAUCCUCGAGAGCGGCGAUACUACCGCCACCUUCGAGUCGAGGACCAAUCUCUCGUCCCGUGUCAGCGAAAAGUAAAGUAUUUUCUAUUUUGGAUCGUGCAAGAGUCGCUAUGGAUCAAAGUUAUGGGUACGAGACUGCUACCCCGCCACCGAGUAAUCGUGUUGGUUCACAUCACGAUUACGACUAUCAUGGGUCGACGAGCAGCAGUAGCCGAUACGGAGACCGACAUUAUACUUCAGGGUCAGGGGGGUAUACAACUUACGAGUACGAAGACGACGCUGUUCCUCACUCCUCACACGAGUACUAUGAAACGUCUGAAUAUCCAGAGGAAUCAUCGAGCCGCGCAUGGAAAUCUUACAAGACGACAACGACAUCGGGCUCAAGCUCGCGCUACCGCAACGCUCCGUAUUCACGACCUUCCAACCCUAAACCGUUGACUCUUCCUCACGCACGACGACCUAUGGUGCCUACGAUGCCAAAACUUAUAAACGACCGAGAACGUUUUUAAACUAAAAGCGACACGGAAGAGACUAAGCACGGUAAACGACAAGCAGGCAAUAUUACAAUUUUUCAUCGUAUUGCGACGGUAACGAGCAGUAACACGAGACUCGUUAAAAAUUUAAACGUCUCGAUUGAUCUUCAACGGUCUCGAUAAUAAUAGAUUGAAUCUCGAUGGAAAAAUCGGUAUUAUGUCCCUUGUAUAUUUUAUUCGUUUCCGUUCGAAAAUUUUGUAUAAUAAGGCCGACACGGUUUUUAGAUGAAUUUUUCGUUGCCGCUGAAUAAGCUGGAACACGUAAUACAAUGAAAACUGUAAUCGAAGCGUCUUGCGACUUUGAAAUGAUUUUGUGUCUCGAACAAUCGUGUAAAUAUCCAUCUCCUAGAAAGUCUGAAUUAAUUUCUGCCGUAUCGUUGAUUCCGUACUUCUGACUUCCUGUAAAAAAAGAAAAAUAAUACAGACCCACUCCUUGAAACCUGUUUGGCAAAUGUCACGUCAGAGUGGAGGGCUAGAGGACCAAGAGGAUCUGUAGAAUGAAACAAGUAAAAUUGUUAAAUAAGCGUGCAUCAUAACGCAAUUUAAGACAAAAACGUCGAAGCUGUGUCAAACUUUUCUGUAGAUUGAAAUUCAUAUCCCCCUUUUACUAUUCCAUUUUGUACGUGUACAAAAUACUGUACCCCCUUUAAUUGGCUGUACACUAUAAAAGUGUGCCCUAAUGAAUUUAUAAAUAAAUUGAAGAACUUAUCAUUCAUACAGCUUUAACGUUGUUUUGAGGACAUGCAUAGCUCGGACAGUCGUGUGUGUUAUAAUGACUUAGAAAUAUAUGUCUAAAAUGGAACAAAGUAAAUAUUUAAAAUGAUAUUCAGUGGCAAAGUGAACAUAUAAAUUAAUAUUAAAAUAAGUUGCCUAUGAUUAUGAAACUUAUACCGUAAUUCAUACGAUAAUAAUUUGUAUAGUAUUUACGUGCAAAAAUAAUUAAAACAAUUUAGUGAAAACUAAAGAAGAAAAAAAAAAAAUAUAAAUACAUGUUAAUGA